CCCAAACGUUUGCAAUGCAGGAGCAUCUCAAACACACGCGCUGUUUGAGUCGCGUGCUGCAUCUCAUCUUAUAUUUGAAACGGAAAGAGAGUACAGAAACGAACAAACAGACAAAGUACAUCCUCCAUAUCCGCUCUCUGGAGCAGCAGCAGCUCUUUCCGCUUUGCUUACAUGGCCCCUCCCGCCCCACAAAUUACAUAAUCUCACCUCCCCGGCCACGCUUCUCCUCUCUUCUCCUUACCUCCGCUGUCCAGAAGCAGACGACACCCUAUAGAGACUAUCGCACACUGCAAACCGGCAGCCUCCGAUUCUGAAUCCCUACUUAAUUAAUGCUGCUUUUCGCCACCAACGCCGUCGCAACGCCGGGGACGGCCAUCGUCAGCAGCUGGAGAACCAAGACCACCCAUUUCCAUCCACGUUUCUCCGUCUCCUCGGCGGUGGAGGGUUUGGGUUUCCCUUCUUUUCUGCCGAAAGAAGUCGAGAAUAUCAAAGACCCAUCUGCACGAAAGCUCGCUUCCAGAAUCCAGCGUCUCCCGGUCACGGUUGGGUCUUCGGGGGAUUGUAUAAUGAGCAGUUGUGUGAAGCCAUUGUCGUCGACUCAGAGCACGCCUACUACUAGCCCGCUGGUUCUCCUCCAUGGAUUUGACAGUUCAUGCUUAGAAUGGAGAUACACAUUGCCACGGCUUGAGGAAGCUGGAUUGGAGGCUUGGGCUGUUGAUGUUCUUGGUUGGGGUUUCUCAGAUUUAGAAAAACUUCCACCGUGUAAUGUUCAAACAAAGAGGGAACAUCUGUAUCAGCUUUGGAAGACCUACAUUAGAAAGCCCGUCAUUUUGGUCGGGCCAAGCCUCGGUGCAGCCAUAGCGAUUGACUUUGCUGUCCAGUAUCCUGAAGCUGUUGAAAAGUUGGUUUUGAUUGAUGCAAGUGUGUAUGUUGAAGGGACAGGCAGCAUGGCAACGCUACCCAAGGCAGUAGCAUAUGCAGGGGUUUCUCUAUUGAAGAGUGUGAUGCUCCGCUUGUUUGUCAAUGUCCUCGCCUUUGAAAAGUUACCGUUGAGUACUAGCAUAGACUGGAUGAAUAUCGGCCGUUUGCAUUGCAUGUAUGACUGGUGGGCUGAUGCAACUGUGAAUUUCAUGAGCAGUGGUGGCUAUGAUGUUGCCUGUCUAAUACCAAAGAUCAAUCAGAAGACACUGAUCAUUUGGGGGGAAGAUGAUAAGAUCAUCAGCAGCAAGUUAGGAGUGAGAUUACACUGUGAGCUACCAAAUGCCAUCAUACGCCAAAUUCCAAAUUGCGGCCACAUCCCUCACGUGGAGAAACCCGACUCUGUUGCCAGACUGAUCAAGGAGUUUGUCCAGGACCAGGAAGAUUGCUCCAGAAAGGAGGCCCAACUUGUUUCCUCCCUCCAGUGAUUGACUGGUUUUGGUAACAUCAUCUCUAACUUUAAGCAUAGCGCAGUUGCAGAUUGAAUCAGCUGUGCCAUGGAUGUUUGUUCAGUCAUGUAACUGCUGAGAACUCGACCCAUGUGCAGGUGGAUCUGCUGCGUAAGGAAAUCAGGAACCACAGGAAGCUUUGGUCUAGCUAAACUGGGUAGGAUAGUAGAGAUAUCAUAUGUGCUGGUUGGUCUGCUGGUAAGGGAAUCAGAAGAACCUCUUUCAAGCUAUGAUGAGUUGCCAUUUCGCUUUUUUCUGUACCUUCCCACUUUCCAAGCUAGCUACGAAUGGGAAUAAAAAAUACUCCAGCCAAAUAUAUUUUGGUUGGGGAAAGGAAGCAAGUUAAAGGAUCUUGCUGUGAUGAAUUUGGUCAAGGCCCUUUUAUAAUUUCAUUUCAACUUUCCAUCAACCUUUGCAUUGAUGCUCAUGGUAGGGCCUUUUAAUUUUUAGUCACCCCAAUACCCCCUAACAGUUCCCAUUGGUAAAUUAUCCAAAUAAUUGCGCGCCGGAAAAGUUGAUUGCUUCAUGUCCACAUGAUACCCACCCUUUUGUUCUCUCUUAUUAGGGACCUCAAUACUUAUUAUGGAAAAUGGUAAAAAUAUGAUAUUUGGCCUCUUUCACGAAUUACGAAUGACUUCACCAACAACUAGGGGUGUUUAAAUGGUUACCAUGGUAAUAAUCAAACCAAUUAAGCUUAAAUUUCAUU